AUGGCAAUUCUGCUGACGAGAGUGUCUCAGUGUCGCCGCAGAAUGCAGCGAGUCUUGUGGAUUGUAGCGUGUUUUUCCGGCUUCGCCUGCAAAAUGCAGGACUUCGCCGUAAACGUGGAGGACAUCCUGAGUGAUAGUCUAAUGCCCGCGGCGCUUUUUGUUGGCCAAAACGUGCAGCCCUUUCAAGUGAUUGAAAGAAACAAAAGCGAGGACGGAAGUUGGAGGAAUGCCUUCUCCACGAUGAGAUUUCACAGAGACAAGAUUAACGAGUACAAAUGCAGCAAUUUUCUUACUGAAAAUCUCAUCUCGGAGAUGUUUCCUUCUCGUAUUCUCUCAAAAAGAACUGGAGUCGUGGCGGGAAAUGAAUCUCUUGGGAUGCUAAAGAUUAAUCCUCAAGGAAAUAUGAUGCGCGAUGAGGGCUCGCAAGGAUACAGCAAUUGGCUUGAGAAGUCAUCAACACUCGAGGAUAUUUAUGACAAUUACAUGAAAAGGGAUAUAAGUUUGGAGCCAAAGAGGCGUUUUGACAGGACAUUUGAUAAGGAUAAUGCGGAAUACGAGUGGGAGACUGAUUACGAAGAGGGCGAUGUCACAGGAUACGCCGUGCAUAAUCCUCCGGUUACUGAAGUGCAAGAUGGGGACGGAAUGCACACCAACAUGCACUAUGGUCAGUAUUCUCAGCCGGAAAACCAUCCAAUGACUUACUCCAUGCCAUAUGAGCAGUACUACGACACGCACGUGCACCCUCAGGCAACAGCAGGAAGCAUGUCCUCUUCAUUUCCGUACACAUACUUCACCGUGAGUCACUCUCCUAUCUCUGUCGAGGACUUUGGCAAGAAUUUUCAUCUCUCUACAGACUUUCUCAAUACCAAUGAGAUUCUCACUGCUCCAGGUGACUCACUUCCAAUUCAUUGA